AUGAUCCUAAAACUGAACCACGGUUUGUGCGUUGACGAAGCGCUGUACAAAAUUAACGCUCUUCGCUUUUUGAGUCCUCUUUUCGCGACGCCUUGUUGGCAAAUUUCCAUUUCAUACCAACGCUGCAAUAAUCUUGGUGCGUCCAAAAUGUAUUGCCUCACAGCUGUUUUGUCGCUUACCGUUCUCAGUGCAAUUGCCACAAGAGUACAGGUAAAAAUCAAACCUUCAAGUGCUUGCGGUAAUGUGCAUACAAGAUCAGAUUCUCGACUCAUUAUCGACUAUAUUUCGAUCUUCCAUACGGAUAGUAAAAAAAAGAUUUUAAGUGCUGCAAUCUUGCCUGUAUCAAAAACAUUGGAAGGUGAAAUACUCUUGGACGUCGAGUAUCGCUCACACAAUGGGCGUAUAAAAGGUGAUGUUCUCAAAUACGAUUCAAAAGGCAAGUAUCAUCUGAUUUUGAAUGUUCGAGCCAAUGAAAUCUCAAGUGAAAACGGAAUAUUCUAUUGGUAUACAAGAAAAGUAAUGAAUUGGCAAGAUUCUCGACGUACGUAUAUCAAUUAUGAUGAGUCAUUAUUCCACAAAUCACCAUUUUUACCUGGCGAAAUAAAAGUGCAUGUUAACGGGAACCUUGUGAUAAACAGGAAUGAUGAUUCAAAACGAUGCUUUAAUGCAUAUGCAUGGAUUCCGGAUCAUGGAAUUUAUCUUCUAAACCAGAGAGAUGAAUGGACUUAUAUGUUCUACUAUCCGCACUACUUCCCUCAAUAUUUGUCAUAA